AUGGGCAACGAGUUCUGUUGCAAUGUGCAAGGCUGUGGAAAGACAUUUACAAGAGCUGCAAAGCUCAACGAUCAUCUGAACACACACACAAACGAGCGACCUUAUAGAUGCGACAUGUGCGAGAAGGCAUACAUGAGGAACAGCCAUCUGACAAUCCACAAGAAAAGCCAUUUUCCUCCAGAAUUCAAAUGUUCGAAGUGCGGAUACAAAUGCCAUACUGAUGACAGGCUUUGCAAGCACAAAAGAACUUGUGUGCACUAUAAAUGCAGCACAUGCAAAAAGACAUACAGUAAGUAUGCAUGGUUUGAAUCACAUGUAAACAGUCAUCACAUAAAGGUGUUUAAUCAUGAAAAGAAAGUUUAUGCGUGUCAACACUGCAAGUUUGAGUUCAGUAAGAAGAGCAAUCUUUCCACUCAUGUACGAUCGGUUCAUCAGCUCAAAAGACCAUUUUCGUGUCCUUGUGGAAAGCAGUAUGCUCACAAUAUGUCUCUAGAUAGGCACAAGAUGAAAUGCCUAACUGUACAAGAUUCAUCUGGAUCUUCACAGCAGCAAUCAUAUGACCAGAAUUUUACAUCAGUCACAUAUGCAGUGCCCGAAGCUCGUUCUUAUAGAAUCCAGCAAUAA